AUGCGCUGCUCUACGCUGCUGUGCAUCCUGGCAUCUGUGGUGGUCUACCUGGUCAUGGGAGCGCUAGUGUUUCACUUCCUAGAGUCUCCAUAUGAGGAAGGAAUCCACAUCAAGCUUCUGGACACCCGACGGGAAUUCCUAGAAAAUUAUACUUGCGUGAGCCCUGAUAUACUCCAAGCACUGAUUGAGAAGGUUACAGAUGCCAUUGGGGCUGGUGUUGACCCAAAGAACAAUGACACAUUCAGCAGCAGCUGGGACCUUGCCAGCGCUUUCUUCUUCUCUGGCACGAUCAUCACCACCAUUGGUUAUGGGAACAUCUCCCCAAAGACAGAAUGGGGACAGCUGUUCUGUAUCUGCUAUGCCCUGGUGGGGAUCCCUAUGUUUGGGUUCCUGCUAGCUGGAGUAGGGGACCAUUUAGGAACAGGGCUGAGGAACGCUAUUGCUAAGAUAGAGAUGCUCUUCCUGAAGUGGAAAGUGAGUUCCACUAUUGUUCGCAUCAUCACCGCUGUGCUGUCCAUCCUGCUGGGCUGCAUACUCUUCGUCUUUGUGCCUACACUGGUCUUCCAGGAGGUGGAGAAGUGGUCCUUACUAGAAUCCGCCUACUUUGUGGUCAUCACCCUUACCACUGUCGGCUUUGGCGACUAUGUAGCAGGUGAUGGCGGUGUUAAGGGCACAGAGCACUGGUAUAAACCUCUGGUGUGGUUCUGGAUUCUACUUGGAUUGGCUUACUUUGCCUCCAUCCUCACCAUGAUUGGGAACUGGCUACGAGUCCUGUCCAGAAAAACCCGUGCUGAGAUGGAAGGACUCCGAGCACAUGCUACUGACUGGACCCAGAAUAUCCAGAACAUGUCUGUGGACUUCCGCAUUGCUGGCAAGCUGGACGACCCGUUUAAGCGCCGACGGCGAAGACGUCGCCAUGGCACCCGUAGUCACGGAACCAGCCAAAGUGGUCCAGGCAAUACUGGUCCAGGAGAAAGCAGGAGACAAGAGGACAGAUAUUAUGAUGACCAAUCUGAAUCUGGAUCCUCCUCAUACUCAUAUACAUCCAACGAAUCAUACUCGGAAUCUGAGCCGAGCUCAGAGGCAACCCAGCUGGAGAAGGUGCCAGACAUGAUCAGGAGGAAAGAAAUAACAGAUCCUACAUUCUCACAACCAUUAGAUUACUUUGGAGAAAAUCUAGCCUAUAUUGAUGAGUCCUCAGAUGCUGUUAGUGGCAAACUUCACCUGGACCCGCUCCUGGACAGACCGGAAUCCCAAAUGGCUGCACUGCAUAAGGCUAAGAGGAGACGUCCCAGGAGAACAACAGGAAAGAAAACACUCAAGACUAGCCCCUCCAAGCAGCAGCACACAAUGCCCAAUGGAGUAAUUCUAAUAACGCCACCUAAUAACACCCCGCCCGCUUCACCACAGCCUUAA